CGGCCACUCAGUGUUCUAAGCUAUCGUAGAACUACGAACAAUGGCACGGUUAAGUUAUAUUGUGGCAAUCAUCAGUAUUGCACUGACGUACGUCGUCGCUCAAGAAUUGUAUACCGAUAAAUAUGACGAUGUCGAUGUAAUUCAGAUUCUCGAGAACGAGAAAUUACGAGACCAAUAUUAUAAAUGUUUUAUGGAACAAGGACCAUGCUUGACCGGAGAUGCAAAGUUCCUUAGAGAGAUUCUUAGCGAAGCUUUCCAAACCAAAUGCAAAAAAUGUACUGAGAAGCAAAAAGUUAUGUUAGACCAAAUAGUCGAUUGGUAUACAACAAAUGCACCUGAUGAAUGGCGAACUAUCGUUGAGAAAACUGUAGAGGAUAUGAAAAAAAUGAACGCUAAUAAAUAAUUGCUGACAACAAGUGCUAAUGGAGAAACGACAAAGAAUCACGAAAAUUCACAUUGGUAUUGUAAUGUUAUGGUGUUGGAAUAAAAUGUAAAAGGGCAAUAAUUUCAAUUUUCUGUAACCAUCUUUAGUUCUUUAAGUGGUUUUUUAGCAAGGCCAGCUCUUGCUAAAAUUUUAAACUUUUUUCUUCUUUGAUGAUAUUUUAUUAUGUUGGCAAUUUUGUGAACAUAAUUUAAUCGUCAAUUAAAAUUAAUCGAUACUGGAAAUAGUCACCUUAAUUUGGCUAAAUACAUAGUUUCAAAGAU